CUCCCUCCCCGCCCAUCCUCCAUCCAUCCUCCAUCCUCCUUUUCCGGCUCGCCCGCAGGGCCCGCCCCCACCCUCCGGGCGGGCGCGGGACCCCGCCAUGGCGCGGCCGGGCGCCCGCGCCAGCACCUGUGCCCCCCCGGGCGCGGUGCAAUGGGCGCCACAGCUGGAGACGGGCGGUGCCCGCCCUGGGCCGCCGUCGCCCGCGCCGGCGCCCGAGAUCUGCGCGCUGGCGUCCACAUCUCAGGCGGGCCGCGUGAACUGGCACCGCAACCAGUUCGUGCCGCCCCACUGCCGGUCAGGGCCGGCCGCGGCGGACGCCGGGCAACUGCCGGGGGAGGAGGAAGCCGACCACCGGCUCUACCUCGCGAUCUACCGCGACAAGGUCCGCAGGGCCCACGCGCUCCGCGACCAGGAGGAGGCCGCGGCGGCGCUGCCGAAGAGCGGCAGCGGCCGCCGAGCGGCCCCAUCGGACGUGGCGCCUUCUGCAGGGCCCGCCUCCGCCCGGGGCGAGCGGCAGGUCGUUGCCGACGCCGCCGCCCACGCUGCCGCCGCCAGCGCCCGCGGCCCCGCGGCGAGCCCCCGGAAGCGCACGGCCCUCGGCGGCGAGCUGGCCCUCGGCUUGCGCGUCCCGCGGGGCCGGCCAGCGGCCGCCCAGGCCGCCUCGGUGAUGG